AUGAGGCUGCUUUUCUUACCUUUGGUUUUGAUGAUGAUCUUGGGCCAAACGGUUCAAAGUCUCUCAAUCUUCGAGCACUUGAGCGCAAUUUUGAGGAAUGAUCUUCGAUGUGAUUUCGUCUUCAUCAAUGGAACACCCAAGGAUACGGGUCAGCCAUGGCCAAACUUAGUCACUUCUCUUCAACUGGAAAGUUUGGCACCAUUCGUCACGACACAUUGGCUACACACAACGUGUUUGGUAUUAGUCGAGGAUAUUGCCUCCCCCCAAGAAUAUGAGCAAUUAUUGACUAUGUUCCAAAAACUGGCCGUAUCCAAGCGAGUGCUCGUGUCUAGAGUUCCAAGGAAUGUCUCUCAAUACGAGGAUAAUCUUCACCUGAGUUUCACGGCGGUGGUCCCAAAGUUCGAGAGUAAUGUGGGUGAAGAGGCUCAUUUGGUAUUCAAGCCAAUCCAGUCACUGCAAGGUCGGAAGUUGAAGGUUCUUCACACGAGUCCGUGGCCUCACCUGGUCUUGACUGAAGUGAACGGGUCCUCGGUUGCUACGGGAGGCACGAACAUCCUCUAUACUAAUGCCAUGAGUGAAAAAUUUGGGUUUACUUAUUCGGUCACCCGUUUACUGUGGUAUAAGAAAGUUAACAAUGGAGUGGCCACUGGAUUGUUUCCAUCCAUCCAAGCCAGAGAGGGUGAUCUCGGAUUAGGAGAGCCCAUUAUCACACAUGAGAGAUUCACCGAGGCUGAUUUCAGUACCUACACAUACUUAUGGGACUUAGGUAUCAAAACCCUCAAGCCCAAGGAAAAAGACCCGGCCACUACUUUACUACUUGUAUUUGACGUCUACACCUGGUCAGCAUUGGCGGUUUUAACCACCACCAUUUCGUUGUUUCUUAUUGCGGCGGAUUAUAUUUCCCAAAGCCGACACGAGGUAGACAUAUUCCACUCCCUUUCGCUUGCUCUGGUCUCUCCGCUUCAAGAAAGCUUGCCCAAUCGGUUGUUUCAUUUCACCGAAUUCCAAGCUCGCUACGUCACCCUGUUCUUCUGGCUGAUCAUGGGCAACGUGAUUUCCAUGGCUUACCGCUCGAAUCUUUUGGCAGCAUUGGCAACAAAGGAAUACGACAAGCCCUUACAAAACGCUGAAGAAGUUCUGGAUUCGGGAAUGAGAGUCUAUGCCUUGGCCGGAGCUCUACUCUCCCAAGGGAUUCGAGAUUCGUCUCGACCGGUUUUUCAAGCCAUAUACCGCGAUCUGGUCGUUGGCAAAGGAGGAUUAUAUGAUUCUGGCGUUGAUCGGACUCUAAUGAAUUUGGAGGUCGAAAGAGGCGAAUCCUUGAUGGUCGGGUCACGAGCUGGGACUGAACGGGAUUAUAAGUUCGUGUUCAUUGACGAUAGCUUCAUAAAGGGUUUCACGGGUAUGAUUGCUCCCAAGGGUAGCCAGGUGCUGCAAAUGGUCGACCCCGUGAUUCAGCGACUCCAAGCGGCAGGAAUCAUCAGCAAAUGGGAGAGUUCCUUUUUCUUUGAGGAUUACUUAGUUUCGGCUUGGGCAGGAGAUGUGGAGUUUAAAGAAACGACUAAAGAAAAACCCUUGGACUUCAUCAUUUUCCGGCUGACAUUCACACUUUUUGCUAUCGGGAUGUGCCUGUCGGGUUUGGCUUUCAUUGGAGAGAUCACCAAUGCUGAUCGUUUACAGAAAAGGGUCCUCAACGUGAUGUAACCUUCAGUCAUUUUU